GCUACUUCGGUGAGAAUUCCCUGAGACCGUGAAUUAAUCGGUCACUGAAAACGGGAAAUGUUUGUAGCUGAUUAUGAAUCGAAGUUAUUCUGAAAUUGAUCAACGAAUUUUCAAAGAUAAAGGAACAUAUUUAGAGGAAUAGAUAAAAGGAUUGUGGAUAUAUACAUAUACAAAUAAUAUGGUGCCAACCAUCAAGUAUGCAGUAUAUAUAUUACUGUAUUUAAGUUUGGGUCUACAGACUGCAAAAUGUCAAUCAGCAUGUAACGGUGUAAGUUGUAGUAAUAAAGGAACUUGCAUUGAAAAUGAAGCUUACAGUAGAGGAUAUUGGUGUGAAUGUGACGAAGGGUGGGCUGGUCAGGAUUGCAAACAUCCUGAGCCAACAGUCAGGUGCGGAUAUUCUGACAUAGAAGUUGUCAUCGACAAAGGACUAGUGAGAGAACUAGAGAUCGACGAUGACGCAAAAUACGUUUACUUCGGACUUUCGUCAGCAUCGAGUCAUUGUCGGGCGAAAGAAGAAGAAAAUCUUUACAAAUUGUCAAUACAGGCACCGUUUUCGAACUGUGGAACUCAAGUUAUUCAACGAGGGCCCGGAGACGACUAUACAUUCAGUAAUACGGUAGUAUGGAAUAGAGAAGUUCACAAUCCACAAAACAUGAUUGAUCGAGAAUUAGUUCUUCUAGAUUUUAAAUGUAUCUACGAAGACACUUAUACAGUAACAGGACCAGCUAUAUUGCCAACAAACAAUGUACUUCAGUUUGUUUCUGAAAAAGGAAAGUUUGAAGUUCGAAUGAGACUUUAUGAUGACAAUAGUUACACAAAAGCACAUGAAUUCAGCAGUUCGCCUUCUAUUAUGAUUGGAACAAAUGUAUACGUUCAAGUUGAAUUGGAACUUAUCAAAGACACACAGCUUGUUGUAACUAUGGAUCGUUGUUUCGCUUCACAGUCACGUGAUCCUGCUGAUCCUAUAGCUACAAAGCACAUGCUGGUCACUGACAGAUGCGUGGAUUCCCGUGAUCCAACAGUCCAAAUAUUAUACAAUGGAGAAGAAAGCGAAGGAAGAUUUAAAUUUCAAAUGUUUAAAUGGAGAUGGAGUGCUGAUGACGUUUAUCUACAUUGUGAAAUCGAUAUUUGCAAUAAAACAUUUGAACAGUGUGCCGGUGAAGCAACCAACUGCAAAGGUUCAGGUGACUUCAGACGAAAAAGAGAUUUGCUUCGUGAGGGAAUUUAUGAUCCUGAUUCUCUUACACACACAAAUAAAUUUGUCAGUAACGGACCAAUAAAGGUGGAAAUGCAGGAGGAUCUGUUGGAAUUCGGAGCAUCUGCAGAUGCUGAAGAUUAUGAUACUUCAAUGAUGUUCCUUGGGAUUGUAUUAGCUCUUAUCUUAGCUGCAUUUGGAGUAAUCGUCAUCAUCAUCUUCAGGAGAAGACGUCGCACAAAAGCAUCUCGAAAGAAAGUAAAUUAUGCUCAAGUACCUCAACAACAACAGCAACAACUAAGUUCUUUGAGGUUCACAACUGAAGCUUUCUAAAAAUCAUCUAUGACGCUGUUUUGCUGGCUUUUAUUGCCAUAUAGUAUCAUAACGCAAUAUUACUAGAGCAGGGCGAAUAAGUUAGCCCAGUUCAACAACCGCACAGACAACUAUAUUACAAAAUUUUAAAUAAGGUGCACACCAUAUUCAAAUGUACGGUUGUUUGCCUGCGAAACGCUACAGGCAUUAUAUUAGAAAAUAAAAUAAUCUCAAAUAGGCAGCCAUUUUUGAAAUACCAUACGUAUUAAAAUUAUGUCUAUCAUAACAUGAAAAAAUAUAGUUUAGGUAAUGUAGCCUACCUACUGUGUGAACAUGGGUUGCUAAGAUAUAGCGACUCACCAAUUGCGAUUGAAGUGAUCUACAUGAGCCGCGCGCCCAUGGGUCUUUGAUAUCAAGCUCAGCUAAAUUGCUUAUGUAACGUAGCAAACACUUGCUUUCGACUUGCCUUGUAUUGGUUUACCUUGCACUUUCUUUUACCUUUUUUUUCUUUUGUUGCUAUCUGAACAGAUACAUAGGUAAAUGAAGUUGGAUGUGUUGUGAACUUGAGUGACGUACUAUAGUAACUUUUUAAAAACCUUUUAUGAACCGAAUUUUUAUGAUUUGAAGUAAUUGCUACUAAUAUACUAAAAAAAAACAGUAAGGCGAAAAAGAAAAGACACUUUGGAGGUUGGUCUACAGACCAGAUUCACCAAUCAAUAGCCUAUAUCUGACAGGAUAAUACUAAAAAAUUUCUGAUUUAAAAAAUCCAAUAUAAUUUCAAUCGUACCACUAUAUUUGAAAAAAUUUUUGUAAAAAUAAUUAUAAAUUUCUUACCUAUAUUGACUAAAAUUACAGAUUUAAUCCAAAUCUUGUCUGAUUAAUAUAUAUCACUUUGAAAUUUGUUGAUCAGCAUGUUUAUAACGGAAUUGAAUCAUAAUUAACAAAAACUCUUUUAAAAUUAUUAUGUGACACUUGACCUUUAACCUUUCAGUACUCGCAAAUUUAAUGAGAUAACUAAUUUGUUGCACCUGAUGUAAAAUAUGACUUCUGACACUUUUCAUGUUUUUAAUCAUGUUUGUCCUGUUAUUUUAUGAAUAUUUGAUGAAUUAUGCCUUUCAACAAUAUUAGUAAUAAAUUGGUAUGAAUAUUGUGUUG